GCAGCUUCCCGCCUCUCCGGUCUUGUUUGCUCAGUGUUGGGUUCCUCACCCUGGAAAAUAAAAGUGUGAGGGGAGCAGCCGGGAGCAGCUUCGCCUGUGAACACCUCGGGGGCGUUCUGGAAGGUGCUGCAGCAGGAGGCGAGAAUCAGAGGUUUCCCCCUGCAGCCAGCGCGGCCGCGUCUCUGCCCCUGCUCUGGAGAUGCUAAGCAGUUUCUCAGGAUCCCUUCAGCAGGAAGAGGAGCCAUGCUAGGCCCAGGAGGUACAGCGUGGGUGAGAGAUGGUCCCUGCAAGUGAGAAGGACGUGAGUCGGAUCACGGGCUGGCAGGCAGCAGCCAUCUGCGGCAGGCCUCUGUGGGGUGAAGCGUGAGCCCCCCCACAGCGUGCGGAGGGGCUGGGGCUGGAAGGAGCCUCGCCGAGGAGCCCUCUCCAGGAGAACAGGACGAAGCCAGCCAAGGGCACAGAGGGACGGGGACAGAGGGAGUGGGUCACAGAGCCAGGGGACCAUGGUGCAGGUUGGCAGAGGCUUGUGGAGGAGCAGGGAGGGGCUGAGAGCCAACCUGGAGGUCAUGGGGGUGCUGUGGCAUGGGCAGGGGAGUGCCCCGUGGGGAAUGGCGAGCCCGAGGGUCCUUCUUGGGUCCACAGGGCUGCUGGUCCACAGGGAGGAGGAGUGUCCCCACGGCAUGUCCUGUGUGGGUGGUGGUGUGUCCCGUGGAGCCUCCACACUGGGACCUGUCAUCCCAGCUCUGAGUCUGUGGACCUGGCAUGGAGCAGGCAGCUGGACGCAGCUGGAAGGGAGACCACCCAGGCUGGACGUGGGUUUGGGAGGCACCAGCGGCUCCUCCUCCUGGGCAUGCCCUGGACCUCAGUCUUUAGGUUGGCAAGGAUCUUAAAAAAUGAAAGAAUCAGGUAGAAGUGUGAUGGAAUGGGCCUGUGGUCACCCCGCUGGUGUCAGGUUGGAAGAAGAGGCCACGUGUGAGUCCAGGUGUGGGACGUCUCCCUGCACUGGGGAGUGGGGACCUGGGACUUCGUCAAGUGGCUUCCUCCCCUGUGGGCUGGCAGGGAGGGCCAGGGAGGAGGGUGACCCAAUGUCUGCAUGAUCAGCUGCCAUGGCCAAAUCACUGCCAAGUGACCCCCAAAUAACAGUGCUUGAAGACACGGACAUCCUAGUGAGCCAGAUUUGCUUUCUUUGCUUUUUUCCCUCCCAGGAUGUGUGUCACCUGGGGAAGGAGGGAGCUUCACCUCAGCUUGGCUGGAGCCACAGUGGAACUCUGCCAUGGGGGAGUCCACUGUCCUCUCUCCUGUCCCCCUCUUGCCGUCCAUCAUUCAACGUGGACUUGCAGAUGGCUGAGGACUUAGCAUCUUCCCCUCUCCAGCUGCCCGGAACUGUUGGCAGCCUGGCUGGUGCUUGGUGGUGCGGGUCCCAGGCCCACUCUUCUGUCCAGUUGUCUGUCCAGCUCCUCUGGCCACAGCCAGCAGGUGUAGGCACAGGAGUCCCUCGGAGCCCCGUGAGGUGGGCCAGGAGGCCAGGCCUGGGAGGACCAGAGAAGGGAGCCAGUACCGUGCCAGCAGCAGGAUCCUCAGGACCCAUGGUGCAAAUCGAGCUCAGGGCCUGGCUGGGGCUUCCAGGUGCUUCCCUGACCCGGCAGGGCAGCCCGUGGCCCUUCCUGGGCUGCUCAGAGGUGAGAGGAAGCAGGAGCCACAUCCGGCCACACCGGCUCCUCCCCUCUGGACUCUCAGGAGGUGUCCCCACAGAACUGCCUGGGGGCCUCCCCACCAGGAAGGGUCUGGGCACGAGUCUGGCACAUCCGAGGCGGAGCUCCCUCCCACAGAGCCCUUCCCAGGGGCCGGGCACGCCCCUCCCGGCUGCAGCGCUCCACGCCUGCCCUCCCAUGGGUGCCUGUCUGCUGCCUGGCUUCCUGCUGAGCUGCGUCAGGUCACCCUUCCUCUGCCCAUCACUCCCCGGCACCCAACCGCUUAAUGUGCAAAGGAACUUUCCAGCAAUUCUUCAAAGAAUCUUCGUGCAAAACAGCUGAGCCCUCCUGUUCGCCCUACCCCUUCUCCCAUCCGUUUUGUAGUCGCCACCGUAGAGUCGACAAAGGCAGGAGCGGUUACUUUGACUUCCAAGCAGAUGCUGUGUCCCCUGGGCCAGGACGAAGCCACAGCUUCCCGAGCGGGGUGCUGCAGCAGGCCCCCUGAGGGCUGCUCUUCCUCCGGGUGCCUCCAGCCUCCGCCCCGGCUCUCAGAGGCCCACCGAGGUCACAGCCCCCGCGCACACCUUCGCACACCUUGCUUAUUUCCCAUUUCAGGGUACUCUGCUGACUCCUGCCCUGGUCUGGGAGCUUCAGCACCACACCUGCAUUUAGUGUCUCUAACAGACAGAAUGAAACAGGGUCAGGAGAAGAGUCACGUCACCUCGACGUGCUCAGCAGGCCCUCGGCUCGCGCUCUCCCAGGGCCGGGCUGCCCCUCCCUUCCUGUACCCCCAGACGGCAGGCUCCUUUGUCUGAUCAUUACCUGGGCAAAUUUGCCUGAUGAUAGAAAAACUGAUCCUGCAGUUGGUCCCCAUCCAGAUGUCCUCAGGACAAGAGGCUCAUUUCAUCUCCUGUUUCCCAAAUGAAGCUUUAAAUCUAAUUAGAUCUUGAAAGAAAAUAGCUGGGACAUGGCUUCUGAAAGUAAAGGGCUUCUCGUUGGAA